CGCGCAAUGCGCAGCCUCAGUUCCUUGCUGAAGAUGGCGGCCGAUAAACAGAAGCAUCAUGACGGCAGGGUGAAGAUCGGCCACUACAUCCUGGGGGACACGCUGGGGGUGGGCACCUUCGGCAAAGUCAAGAUCGGGAAGCAUGAACUAACGGGACACAAGGUCGCGGUGAAGAUUCUAAACAGGCAGAAGAUUCGAAGCCUCGAUGUGGUGGGGAAGAUUCGGAGGGAGAUCCAGAAUCUGAAGCUCUUUCGGCAUCCUCAUAUAAUUAAGCUGUACCAGGUGAUCAGUACACCGACUGACAUCUUUAUGGUCAUGGAGUAUGUCGCUGGCGGAGAACUCUUUGAUUAUAUAUGUAAGAAUGGGAAGUUGGAUGAGAAGGAGUCCCGACGUCUGUUCCAGCAGAUCCUCUCCGGCGUGGACUACUGCCACAGACACAUGGUGGUGCACCGAGACCUGAAGCCAGAAAACGUUCUUCUGGACGCGCACAUGAAUGCCAAGAUAGCGGACUUUGGUCUCUCAAACAUGAUGGCAGAUGGAGAAUUCCUGAGGACAAGCUGUGGAUCUCCCAAUUAUGCGGCUCCGGAAGUCAUAUCGGGGAGACUGUACGCAGGUCCAGAGGUGGACAUAUGGAGCAGCGGGGUCAUUCUCUAUGCGCUGCUGUGCGGGACUCUCCCGUUUGAUGAUGACCACGUGCCAACGCUCUUCAAGAAGAUCUGCGAUGGCAUCUUCUACACGCCACAGUAUCUGAACCAGUCAGUCAUCAACCUUCUGAAGCACAUGUUACAAGUGGAUCCCAUGAAGAGAGCGACCAUCAAGGACAUCCGAGAACAUGAAUGGUUCAAACAGGAUCUCCCCAAGUACCUGUUCCCCGAGGACCCCACCUACAGUACAAACAUGAUUGAUGACGAAGCCUUAAAGGAAGUGUGCGAUAAGUGCGAGUGUACGGAGGAGGAGGUGCUCAGCUGCCUGUACAGCCGCAACCACCAGGACCCUCUAGCAGUGGCGUAUCAUCUGAUCAUAGACAACCGGCGGAUAAUGAACGAGGCUAAAGACUUUUAUUUGGCCACGAGCCCUCCGGAUUCCUUUGUCGACGAACCUCACACACCCCGUCCCCAUCCAGAAAGAGUCCCGUUCUUAGUGGCAGAGUCCCCUCGGCAGAGACACACUCUUGACGAGCUGAACCCUCAAAAAUCUAAGCAUCAGGUUGGGGUCAGAAGAGCGAAAUGGCAUCUUGGAAUUAGAAGUCAGAGCCGGCCGAAUGACAUCAUGGCCGAGGUCUGCAGAGCAAUGAAACAGCUGGACUAUGAGUGGAAGGUGGUGAAUCCGUACUAUCUACGAGUCAGGAGAAAAAACCCGGUUACUAGCAUGUAUACGAAAAUGAGCCUGCAGCUAUACCAAGUGGACAGCAGGACGUACCUGCUGGACUUCCGCAGCAUUGACGACGAAGUAACAGACCCCAAGUCUGAAGCUGCCCCCCGAAGACGCUCAGGAUCCGUCAGCAACGCCCGCAAUGCCCAGAAAAGCGACUCCGACGCCGAAGGCCCGGGAAAGUCGUCUGACGGUUCUGUCCCCUCCUCCCUGACCUCCUCCGUAGACUCCUCCAGCAAUGACUUGGUCCCUCGGCCGGGAAGCCAUACUAUAGAGUUCUUCGAAAUGUGUGCAAACCUAAUAAAAAUCCUGGCGCGGUAGGCGGAGCUCUAACUUUCAUAUCCAGCAAUAAACAUGCAGUAACUUGUAGCCAAAUGCUUCCAGUUUUAAUCCAGUCCUACUUAUACCAAGAGCUGAAAGCGACGCCACAAAUGCUAUUUGCACAUAGAAGUUAAGCUUAAUGUGUGAUUCCUUAUCCUAGCGAUCGGAUUGUAUAUACUGUUUCCUUCAGGUUGACAACCUUUUAAUUGCACAUUUUAUCGAACACUGGGCGUUGUCGCGUCUCUUUAAUUUUUACAUUUUUUUUCUUGCGUUUUAAUUUAGCAUUAUUUCUGGUUAUGAACAUAUCGGGGGGGCAUUGUAUCUGCACAACGGGGGUUAAUGAAUGAUCAAAGGAAUCGGUAAAAUGCAGUGAAUUUUUAUUUUAUUUUUGCUUGAUACAGGACGUGAUGCAAUCGGCGAAAUAAAACAGAUUUUUAUUUCUCACUGAUUAAACAUUCCUCAGAUCUUCUAUUAUAAUUCACCUUGUUAAUUGUAAAAAAAAUCUUUAUUAAAAAGAAAAAAUGCAAA